GGAAGGCUCUCUGGUGAUGACGUCGCGCUGGGCGAAGCAGAAGACGCUCUUAGCAACAAGCUAAGAAACCACACAUCUAUGCGCGUGCCAUUCCGGGACAGAGCACGGAUCCAAAACACCCAGCCCUUUCGAGGACACGACUCCUGCGAAGAUAGUUUCAGAUGUCUGACUGGCGAUCGGGGGGAGGCCUCAUUGUUUUCUCAUCAAAACAACGGCCUCCUAGUUUUCUAAUCAAAACACUGUAGGCUCGCGCUAUCCGGAAGCGCUAGGCUGGAGCUUUAGCUGCCCGUUGGAUCGUGCGCUUUGGCUGGGAUGAGUCUGCUGAUCCAACAAACAACAAGAUCUUCCAGAGGAGGUACGAGAGGACGUGGUAGACAUCGGUUUAGUGAUUGGACUCGGUCUGGUUGCGGUUUGGGAAGAGAGUCCCGAAAGAAAGAAACGCUUUGUCUCAAUCGCAACUUUUGAGUUUUCAGCGAGUCUCCACCACCAUCAUCAUCAUCAUCGAGGAAGACACGAUCACCAUUGUUUUCAUCUAACGUUAAUGUUUCGUUUCACACUCUCUUAACUAGUGAUCGUUUUAUUAUGCUUGAAAUGUAGAUGUCUGUUACUACAACUCCAAACUUACAGGUGGUCAAACUGAUAAGCCUGACGAAACGGCUUAAAGGGGAUCAUGCCUGAACCAUACAACACUAUGAAGUGGUCAGUGUAGUCCCUGGACAUUUUAAACAAAACGCUUCGUGUUGGCAUCAUACUAACGUUAGUCUUAUUAGACCUCAAGGACAUUUCCCUUAUUGUUUUGGAUGGAUCUAGCCUUAGUGAAAAUAUUUGUUAAGAGACAAAAAAGUAUUUGAUGUUGACUACGUGCAAUCAUGAUGAUAUUGAGCAGAAAACCAGAUGGCCCCAUAACUGCAGCUCGCCAUGGUGAUGGUCUGUAUGACUCUUACAUGCGGACCGAUCAUGUUGUGAAUCAGGGGGCUGAUGUGAAUGGACAGAGUCCCUCUGGGCUGCCUCCCCUCCUCAAACACACUGGCCCCAACAAGACUACAGUGAAAGAUCAAGCAAUCCGAGGAGGGCAGAUGAAGGUGAAGUACGUUUACGAGGACACCUACAACCGCAAAAUCAACGGUGUGAGCCAACACAAUGGCACAAGUCAAGCACCAGCCAAGCCUCAAUCUGCCAUCUCCAAAGAAAGAAGUGUCGACAGCAACAUCUCUGUUAAAUCCUCUGAGAGCUCAACAAAAAUCACAAAGCUGUCCACCCCCAUGACCCCAGAACAAGCCCUGAAACAUCACAGGCAGAAUUUGACUACACUUGAGCAGCAGGAGAUCCACAACUAUACUGAGAUUUACUUCCUGGGACCAAAUGCCAAAAAGAGACCGGCUGUAGCAGGAGGCACCAACAAUUGCGGAUAUGAUGAUGACCAGGGAGGUUACAUCCACGUACCUCAUGACCACCUUGCUUAUCGUUACGAGUUCCUUAAGGUCAUCGGAAAGGGUAGUUUCGGACAGGUGGCAAAGGUUUAUGACCACAAGUUACAGCAGCACCUUGCCCUGAAGAUGGUCCGCAACGAGAAGCGUUUUCAUCGCCAAGCUGCCGAGGAGAUCAGAAUUCUGGAGCACCUGAAGAAGCAAGAUAAGACGGGCAGCAUGAACUUAGUCCACAUGUUGGAGAACUUCACCUUCCGCAACCACAUAUGCAUGACUUUUGAGUUACUCAGCAUGAACCUGUACGAGCUCAUAAAACGCAACAAGUUCCAGGGUUUCAGUUUGCCACUGGUGCGCAAGUUUGCACACUCUAUUCUCCAAUGCCUGGAAGCUCUCCAUCGCCAUAAGAUCAUCCACUGUGAUCUAAAACCAGAGAAUAUUUUACUAAAGCAACAGGGCAGGAGCGGCAUCAAGGUCAUUGACUUCGGCUCCAGUUGUUUUGAUCAUCAACGGGUCUACACUUACAUCCAAUCCCGUUUUUACCGCGCACCCGAGGUUAUCUUGGGCUCCCGAUAUGGUAUGCCGAUAGACAUGUGGAGCUUUGGUUGCAUCCUGGCAGAGCUGCUUACCGGAUACCCUUUGUUUCCUGGAGAAGAUGAAGGUGACCAACUUGCCUGCAUGAUGGAGUUACUGGGAAUGCCACCUCAGAAACUGCUGGAGCAAGCCAAGCGUGCCAAGAACUUCAUCAGCUCCAAAGGCCACCCACGUUACUGCACAGUCUCCACUCUUAGCAAUGGCACCGUAGUGCUCAACGGGUGCCGAUCUCGCAGAGGAAAAAUGCGAGGUCCACCAGGCAGCAAGGAGUGGGUUACGGCACUAAAGGGCUGCGAUGACCCCACAUUCAUUGACUUUCUGAAGAAGUGUCUGGAUUGGGACCCUAGUACACGAAUGACACCGGUUCAGGCUUUAAGACACCCCUGGCUCUACAAGAGAUUGCCCAAGCCGGUACCUGCUGGAGAGAAGUCGGCAGUGCCCAAACGGAUCACAGAGCACAGCACUUCUUUCCCCACGAUCAUCUCCAAGGUGUCUACCAUCACGGGCCCAACCAAUAACAAACUGCGGACCACCAUGAUGGGGGACUCCAGUGGAAGUAUACCCUUACGUACAGUGCUGCCGAAGCUCGUUUCAUAGAGAUUCCUUAGCUUUUCAGGGAUAAAGACAUAUUUGUAGCAAUAUUUGUUUUAGAAGUGGAUUUGUUUUGUUCUGAAUGAGUGUCAAAACUGAGAGUUUUGACUUCAAUUUUUAAUGAAGUGUAAAAGCAAAAAACAAUUUUAUACAACACAAACUUAACUGUUAACUAGACUGUGUUUUUAUCAAAUGGCCUUUGGAAAGUAGUGUGAAGUUUAAAGUUCUUAUCAGGGCUAUUUUUUUACCUUGGUUUGGAGUAGAGUGCUGUUGAGUGAGGUGGGUGAAAUUUGGGUGCUGGCUGCUCAUCCUUCUUUUCUGAGUUUUGCACUACUUAUGUUAAGAUAAAGUUGAAACUUUUUCAUCUCUAAGGGCUGUUUUAGUGUAAGAUUCUUAUAUAUUUUAAAAGCUUUGUGAAUUCUUGAAACUUUAGAUGGUUUUUAAACACGUGUCAAAUAUAGAAAUGUUACCCUUUAAAAGAACCUUCAGCAGGAAUUCAUCCGAAUUUUAUGAGUUGGCUAAUUCGUAUACAAAGUGAAUCGUACAAAUAUGUACAAUUAUUAUUAAAAAAAACUAAUGAAACCCUGCCCCCCAACUCGACAUCACAGGCGAUAGCAGAUUGUACAAAAACGUAAAAAUGUGGUUGUACGAAUUAGCCACCCCGUAAAAUACGUACAAAUCGGCAUGGGAUUGUGGUCAAGUAUCUGAGCCCAAAUAGUUUCUCACAAGUUGUUAUCGACAUCUUGUGAAAGCUGAUACUUGAUAGCAAACCUGACUAGCUCAAAACUAGCUUAACUACUCUGUUUUAACCCUUGCAUUAAACUCUUAAGUCAAAGCCUCUGCUCUUUCUGUCCAAAACACAACUGUCUAGUUUAUUUGUUGAGAAGCUGAGAUGAGUUUCCCUAAAAUAAGAUUAAAGAAAGUUGGACUUAUUUGUGAGUGGUAGAGUAGUGCACACCACUGUGCAACAGUUGCCUUGUCUUUUAUUGAAGGCUACUAAGACAUCCAUGGCCAUUCCUGGGUGCUAUCGGAAAAGACGGGGGCUGUUUCACAGGUGCUGCAGGACUGUGUUUGUAUCAGUGCUAUUUUGAAAGAUGAUGGUCAGGUUUCACUUGAAGGCAAUAGGCAGUGUCACAUGUUUGCCUGUGAAGGGAAAUGCGUGUUUCCCAAUGCUGGUAGUGGGGGAAGGGAAUUGCACUUCGGCAGUUUGCCUUGGGCAUUGACAGAUGCGGAACAAGUUGGUGUUUAAACGACACUUUUAGAACCAUGUUCACUGAAUUUGAUAAAGUCCAUUUCCUGAUGUAAGGCAUGACCAAACUGCCCUUGGGGAAUCAGUUGGUCAUCUACAACAACUUUGAAUGGAUUUGUUUUGUUAGGCUUUGUUUAGCCUCCAGCGACUACAGCAACCACUGUAUAUACAGUGACCGGGAGGGUGAGGGGAACCAAACGACACGAGCGAAGAGCAAACAAAAAGCAGUUCACCUCCCCCAUAGCUCAGCAUCAGGACACAGUUUACAGUAUAACUGAUGUUGUGUGGUCUUUUUUUAAAUCUUUGCAUAGUGACCUAUUUUCCUUCCCUUCGCUCUUCCUCAGUCCUAUAGGUUUACGGGGAAAUCCUGUUAUUUUUUUAUCAUACAGUCGAGCACGCAGCACGCUCACCCACCCGUGCGAUCGGUAAUAACAGCACUGGUCUGCACUUUGAGUAUUUCUUAUUAAAGGGCCUCUUGCAGACUGUUCAGUUUUCUAUGUGAAAAAUAUAUGCAUUAGGAAGUUUUAUAAUCUAAUGUAAGCAUGUUUAAUGACACUGCUUCACUUUUUCUAGCUGUGAAUUGAACACUGAAUGCUUGGGAACUAAAUGCUGCAAAGAAAGACACUAAUCUGCUAAGGACUGUGAUAAUGCAAGGUGCUUAACCCAGUUGCCCUAACAGGUGUAUGCAAAGUAUCUGUGUGCUACCUGGACCAAGGUUAGAAAUAGGGAAAUGUUUGCAAUAGUCCCUUUAAUUGGAAAAAAACAUCUUUUUACUUUUCCUCAGUACAUAC